AGAUGACAAACUGUACGGCGUUGCGUAAUGAGGAAGGUGCGCAGGUGCGUCACCCAGCAGGGGAUGCUUUUGGAGCGCGAAGCUUAUAGUUUUGCGGGCUACUUUAUAUGGUACAGAUUAUGGUGACAAGUCCGUUAAAUUAUCCACCAGCCAGUCGCCAACCGUGGCCACGCACUCGGGUUACCAAACAUUCUUUAGCUCGUAGGGCCGCUCUCUUUACCCAUCGACAUAUUGGUAGCCAGUUUGGAUGCUUAAGCUUAAGCCUCCCUACAAACCAGAACACAGGAAGGAUUUGCUAAAUAACGUUCAUUACAGGCUGAGGGAGGCUAUAUAGUAGAUAAUUCUACUAGGUUUUCAGGCUGAAUAUAAAAGGGCUUUAGCAGCUUAGCUUGGAGAAGCAGCGCAGAUGGUAAGGGAUGAACCUGGUCUCCAGCUCUUUCUAGUUUUGUGCGCUGUUUAGCGAAAUGGUUCGGUUGCAACACUUGCAGCCUUUUCCUUAGGAAGGCCUACCUAUCGAAAGCCUCUACGCCUUAAUGGCCACUUCCACUGGCGCUGGCACGUUACUGGUUACCGGGCUAGCUUAUUAGGGAUGGGUUGUGAACAGUACUGUACGGGCUUGUAUCCUGCCUGUUACUCACAGCAAUCGACCGAUUGUCCUUACAGCAUGUCAUACAUUUGCGUGUGGUCCUCCUUGAACGCCCCCAUGUCUACCGUUCAUUUGCCAUGGAGCCACUGCAAAUGGCUUCUUUCUAUAUUCUAGACGCUUUCCCGCCUAGCAGGACGCCCUCAACCCUCCAGCGGUGUGCGCCCCACGCCCUUACCCACCUCGCCCUCCGCCUGCUCCAUCCUUGACCGCUGCUGCGACUCCUCCUUCCACACCCACUUAACCGCCCGCUCCCUCUCCCAUCCCCAUCCACACCCCUUUUCCCUUUCCUCCCUCGCCCUCCUUCCUCCUCACCCAUGUCCCCCGGCUUCCUCCCUUCACCCCAGGCUGCCGGUUUCGGCCCCCAAGCCAAUGCGCUGCUGCGCAAGUCCGCGACCUACCAAAAGCGCAACGUGCGGACCAACAUCUGCCUGCUGUCCUCGCCCAUCUUCUUCUGCAUCCUGCUGCUCAUCAUCAAGCAGCUCGUCAACAAUGUCUUCUUUACUGGACAGGACUUUGUGUGCGGCUGCAAGUGCGUGCAGUGCUGCCUGGAGGGCUCGUGCACCCAGGUGACGCAGGGCGUGUGCGCGGAACCCGCCAAGUGCCUGCAGUACGACAAGACCCAGUGCGGGCUGCAGUACAGCAGCGAGAAGCAGGCCUCAUGGUGCGAGGUGCUGGAGCCCAGCAGCUGGCCGCCGGUGGUGCAGGUCCCGGACAUCAAGCGCCGCGCGCAGCCCGCCCGACCCAACAUCACCACCCUCAUCACCGCGCCCGACCUCCCUGCAUCGGCAGCCUACGGCCUCAGCCGCAGCCUCUUCCCGCAGCCCCUGCACCUGGACAACGUCACCCUGCUGGCUCUGCUGCCGCAGCUGGUGACCCCCAGCGGGACUGUGCAAGGCCACCUGUUCACAAAGCACGGUAUAGUGUUCGGGACCGCAGCAGAUGCCUCCCCCAACCUGUACGUGGAUGCCGCGUUCUCGGGUGGCAAGGCGCUGAAUCUGCUGCUGCCAAGCAGCAAUACGACUGGAUCUGGGUUGAGUUGUACGGCGCUGCGGCCGUACUGGUACGGCAGUCCACCGAACAGCAGCCUCAGCACCUCCAACGCCAGUAACCCCGACCCCCGGACGAACAGCAUUCCCCUCCUCAGCGCUCUUGUUGCUGUGGUGGCGGCUAGCAGCAACACCGACAUUGUCUGGGAACAGGCGUUGGCCCAGCUCGCUGGGCGACCUAUCCUGGGCGACUUCUUGGCGCAAGACACGCUGUGCGCUGACGUCGUGCUUUCGCAGCAACCAACUGAAACCGGCGUCAACGACCUGCUGUACUGCGGAUAUUACCAGUCUCGUUGCAACGGCACGCAAGUCACGGCUGAGUACCCGGCUGCGUUUGAGUUCUCCGAUGCCGAUGUCGCUGAGCUGGCAGUCUCCGUGUACUACAACGGAACGGACGACACCGGCAACGGCGGGCGGAGCAACAGCCUCCGGAUUCAGAACCCGGUGUCCGCUGCUGUGUCGGCUUGGUGGGCCCGGCUGACCGGCUCCGGUGCCGGCAUGCGGCUGAUGGGCCUCAUGGGCAUGCCCAAGCACCCCACUAAGCUGAAACUGGAUUUCUCGACGCUGCUGGGGCCGCUGUUCUACACGUGGGUGGUGCAGAUGCUGCUGCCCACCUUCCUUCAGCAGCUGGUGUAUGAGAAGGAGAAGCGGCUGCGCAUGAUGAUGAAGAUGCACGGACUGGGGGACGGGGCGUACUGGCUGGUCACCUACCUGUGGUUCCUCGCGCUGUACGUGGCCUACAUGAUCAUCUUCAUCGUGUUUGGCGCGGGAGUGGGGCUGGAGAUCUUCAGGCGAACCAGCAUGGGCAUCCAGAUCAUCUUCUACUUCCUGUUCGGCAACUGCAUGAUUGCCUUUGCCUUCCUGCUCUCCUCGCUCUUCACCUCCUCCCGUACGGCCACCGUGGUGGCCUUCAUCUACGUCUUCGCCACCGGCCUGAUUGGGGAGCUGCUGCUCAAGGUGUUUAUGGAGAAGGCCGCCACUUGGGUGUUCUUCAUUGAGUGGAUCCCCGCCUUCGCACUCUACCGCGGCCUGUGGGAGAUGGCGGAGUACUCCUUCCUGGCCGUCUACCGCAGCGAGAGCGGGCUGGUGUUCAACAAGCUGCGGGACAGCGGCUGCGGCAUGCGCGCCACGUGGGGCAUCUUCGUGGUGGAGUGGGCGGUCUUCAUGCUGCUGGGCUGGUACCUGGAGCAGGUCCUCUCCAGCGGCACCGGCAUCAGCCGCCACCCGCUCUACUUCCUGGACUGCGUCCGACCCAACCGCAACCGCCGCAGCGGCAGCCUUAAUCGCGCCUCCCCAACCGCCAGCGUGCAGCUCACCGCCGCCGCCGCAACCGCGGUGGACGUCAAGCCGGCGGACGGCUCGGGCGCGGUGUCUAUUGCGCCCGGGGAGCGCGAGGACGUGCGUGCAGAGCGGCUGCGGGUGGAGGGAAUGAGUGCGGCCGCCGCUGCCAGCAUGCCCAUUGUGGUGCGGGACCUGCGGAAGGUGUACCCGCCGCUGGACGGCGGCAAACCCAAGGUGGCGGUGAAGACCCUGACGAUGGCGAUUGAGCGAGGAGAGUGCUUCGGGCUGCUGGGGCCCAACGGAGCGGGCAAGUCCACGUCCAUCAACAUGCUCACCGGCUUCCUGGAGCCCUCGGGCGGUACGGCAGUCAUCGAGGGGUACGACAUCAACACGGAGAUGUCUCGCAUCUACUCGCUGAUGGGCGUGUGUCCGCAGCACGACCUGCUGUGGGAGCAGCUGACGGGCGAGGAGCACCUGCUGUUUUAUGGAAGGCUCAAGGGGCUCAGCGGCGCGGAGCUCACCAAUGCCGUCUUCGCGGCCCUCAAGUCGGUCAACCUGUUCAACAACCGCGUGGGUCAGAAGCAGGCGCAGAAGUACAGCGGCGGCAUGAAGCGGCGGCUGAGUGUUGCCAUCAGCUUCAUCGGGCAGCCGCAAGUCGUGUACCUGGACGAGCCUUCGACGGGUCUGGACCCUGCGUCUCGGCGAAACCUGUGGGACGUCGUUCGACAGCAGAAGGACGGGCGAGCCAUCAUCCUCACCACCCACAGCAUGGAGGAAGCGGAGAUCUUGUGUGAUCGGCUGGGUAUCUUUGUGGACGGACAGCUUGUGUGUAUCGGCAAUCCGCGCGAAAUCACGUCGCGGUACGCUGGCUACCUGGUCUUCACGAUCACGGUGGGUUCGGGCCACGAGGACGCGGCGCAGGCGCUUGUGAAGCGCAUGAGCCCGCACGCGCGGCUGACGUAUGCGCUGGGCGGCACGUUCAAGUACGAGCUGCCCACCAGCGACGUGAGCCUGGCGGGCGUGUUUGACGCCAUGGCGUCUGCCAAGGGGCUGAUGCAGGUGUUGGACUGGGGUGUGGCUAACGCGACCCUGGAGGAGGUGUUCAUCAAGUUCGCGCGGCAGAUUGGCGCAGAGACCAAGGACCAGUGAGGAUGUGUUGCUAGCUGCAUGCUAUGUUGGAACCAGCCAGCAACGCCGAUUGGCAUUGAGAGCUAGGCAUUGAGUGUCGUAGACUGCCAUACGUCGAGCGGAAGAACUCAAGACUGAACUCGACGACGUUUCGUCAUUUUUCGUCGAUAGUAUGCUUGGCCUUGCGAUCACCGGAAGAGCGCUGACUGCCGUGUUUUACCAGCUGCGACUCAGCUGCUGCUGACCCAUGGGUCAGUUUGGCCCCAGUGGACCCAGCUGGAAAGCGCGUUUGCAUGCUGUCGUACAUCGUGACGGCUUCGAAGCCGCUUGCCUGUGGUUCAUCACUCGGUAACGGUACGUUACUCGGUGACCCCGCGUUUAUCCUAUCGUAUCCUUUCAAUUGAGGCAUGGAGGAAAGAAAGGAAAAGGCUUGGUUUAGAGGUUACAUGGAGUGGGGAUACAUCCCGAACACAUGGGCCUGCAUGGAGAGGUCUAGAGUACUUGAGAGGGCGAGGUGUGCACUGCUCGGGUUGCUACUUUUCAGAGUGUCCGGUCCUGAGAAGGGUGCGGGUGCAAGAUUCCUGCGAUGUUGUUGUUCAUGAGUAGGGGUUCAGCGAAUGCCACUUUACGGCGGGGGCGGUAGUCGUGAACUGUCUUGAGUGAAUACUGGUUUGGAAAUUCCAAGCACUGAAGUAUGGCGGACAUUGGUUGCUUCUCUCCGGGUCGAUAUGUCCACUGUUAGGUUGGGUGCAACAGGAUGAGUGUGUUCGUGCAACGAUUGUGUAACGUGCAUGUGCGUGGGG